AUGACAAUACCUGCUGCAGGUGGAGAGACCCAAAACUUUGCCGAUGUGUUCCGUUGCCAAACCACCACAGCUCGGCUGCGUUCUUCACCCCGUGCCGAAGCAAGCCCAACUACUCUCUUGCUUGCUGGUCCGAUGAUAGGACCCCGCCCCGAAUCUCUUCUUGGAAACCGGGACGGACCCCCCGCACCUACUAAUUUCGACUCACCCACCUAA